AUGAAAACCUUUGCCGACAAACUCACCUGCACUGGUCAUUGCCGUCUGCCUGGAUGCGGACCCCGAGACGUAACACACCAAUGGCUUGACAUUGUCAGGGAUAGCGACACUGUGGUUCUGCCUGAAUGGAAGGAGCUUGUGUUCGAUAUUGAUUUGACCGAUUAUGACGAGGUUCGCUACUGUUGUGGUGAGCAGAGUGAAAAUGCAAAAUCCGCUGUGUGCAGUCGUUGCUGGUUAUUAGCACAGUCUGCUGUAUUAUGUGUAGAUCGUGCUCUCAGAGAAGACUUUGGCUUCGAACACUUACUCUGGGUUUAUUCCGGCCGUCGAGGGGUACAUUGCUGGGUGUGUGAUCCUGCUGCGCGGAAGUUGGAUACGGUGGCGCGAACUGCCAUCGUCGAGUACUUGACUUUGGUUCGUGGCGGCAAUUCCCGUAAGCCUAUCCUAACUGCAGGUGGCCUAACCAAGUACGAGUCAAGAGGAAUUGGCGCACCAGAACCCGUACUGCACCCAUGUGUAGACGCCGCCUGUGACAUUCUGUUGCCUCGAUUCGCGGAAUACUGUAGUACAAAGCGGGGGCAAGACUUGUUUGGUGUGCCUGCACGGCUCAAAAAGCUUUUGUCUUACCUUCCAGAAGACCUGGAAGAAUUACGAAGCCACAUGGCUGAAGAUUGGCUUGAGCAUCCAUCAAACGGCAUGGAGGAGGUUUCACUGAAACGUUGGAACACACUACGAACUUUUUUGAAAGAGCACAAACGAAACAAUGUCUUGAAGGAAUUAGUUUUGAACUACACUUACCCACGCCUGGAUGCGAACGUAUCCACCUCCCUCAAUCACUUGUUAAAAAGUCCUUUCUGCAUCCACCCGAAAACGAGUUAUGUGUGCGUCCCAUUCGACCCGCAACAAGUCACUUCGCUUAAUCCAGUCGAUGUUCCUACGCUAAGCCAGCUGGUUGAACAGGCUCGUGCUGGGGAUGUGGAAUCUUCUGUGGCAGAUAGUUCGUCUGGUCGUCAUCUUCUAUCUUAUAAGAGAACUGCACUGAAGGCGUCCAUAGAUUAUUUUGAAGCUUUCAUCCAACGUCUUUGUCCGGCUGACGUUGAAGCGACGACAAUGACUCCCGGUUCUACCGUGGAUGGAAGUCACAAGAUGCCUUCGGUCCCUGUAUUUUGAACGGUUCAGCUGAGUUAACAUAAGCUGUAUAUUUGAUAGAAUGCACUAUCGAACCCUCAUUCCUAAUUUUCAGAGGUUGCUUUUUUUAUCUCAUUGUAUUGAAGUUUAUAUCUCUUCACCGGCAUUUCACUCCAUUAAAUUUGGAUACCGUC